UUAAACGAUAGCAAAAUGAAGUAUCAAUCAAUCUAUUUGGCAUUUUUUUCGUUGGGAUUUUCAGAAGCGCGCUUCACUAAUCUCGGAAUAGAGGAGUUUUACAUUAAAAAGUGUGAAGAGAAAAUUGUUUACACUACAGACCAUGGUGAAAUUUGUGACAUGCGAAGUUUGGAAGUCGUAAUGGACACGGAGGAGAAUAAGAACUAUAUCGGUUGUGUUUUCCGGGAGCUCGGAUAUUUCAACGCGAAAGGACAGUUUGACAAGCAGGCCCUCAUCAAAGACUAUCACCAGGCUGGAGUAAAAAACAGAGACAAAGCAGUGUUGGAAUCGUAUCAGAGUUGUAUGCAACAUUACGGUCCCACAACGAAUCCGAUGAAAAUUCUGGACUGUGUGACCCAGGAUAAGGACUUCCCCAAAGUGAUGAACGCAAGACGUGAUAGGAACUCGAAAUGGAAACCGGACUGGAUGGUGGCGCAUUGUGGAGCUAAAAAAUUAUUUUGAGGAACUUCCUACAAUUCCACAUGGAAUGUCUGUGUUUUUCGUUAUUGAAUCAAUGUUGACGAAUUUCUAAAUUUUCAUUAAAUAUUAAGU